AUGUCACCGGUGACGUCACCCGGCGGAGGCUUGGCUGUUAGUCGAUCGUCUCCAGAUAAGAAUUUAAUUAUGGGGGAGACUGUCGCAGAAACUUCACAAUGUCGUGUAGAAGGAGCUUUCACAACAGAACCUAAAACCGAUUGUCUACGAGCAAGAGGUUGGGAUCAGGAACGAUCACGAAAGCAAGUUCAUAUUAACCAGCCGAUAGUUGCGACCGUUCAUGGGGAUGGGAAUAUAACCAAUAUAGGGGAUGGCAACGGCGGAACAAUUGUGUCUAGCAAAAGAGAUAAAGAGGAGGAAGAUGAACGAAAUCAAACAAAGCGAGUUAGAUUUCAUGAAGAAAAGCCUCCAUUAAAAAAGAAAUCUAAAUCAGGAAAAAAAGUCAGUGAUACACUAACUGACGGUACAAAGAUUACGAAGCCAUCUCCUAUAAAUUAUGCACAAACGGAUGAAGAUGAUGAAACCGCGACGAAGACGAGGAAGCUUUGCGACUCGCUUGAUGUUGCCCUUUCCAACUCAAAAGUUUGGGCUUUGCCUUCGGGAAAGAACGUCGGUGACAUCUAUUCCGAAAAAAUAUCCGAAAACGCACGCACAGUAAAAAAUAAGAAACGACUAACGGCAAUCGAAAAGGCUAUAUUGCGAUAUGGUGCGUCAAGGAUAAUCGAUUUAUCCGCUCACAUGAAAAAGUGGUUUUGCGAAAACGACAAAAAGUUCAAUAAGAAAGAUUACGAAUAUAUGUUGCGAGUUCCCGAAAUGACAAGCGAGGAGAGUUCAUUGUUCUAA